GCUUGGUUUCUAGGAAUUGCCUGCGUGUUUUCAGCCAGCAUGAGCUCCGAGGGACAGAGGGGGAAGAAGCGAGGGAAGGCACAGUAUCUGGGCAAUGCCAAGAGACAAAAGGGCUGCAAGCAUCUGGAGGUUGGGAUGCAGGGAAUCCUCAUCACCUGUAACAUGAACGAGAGAAAGUGUGUGGGGGAGGCGUACAGCUUGCUCAAUGAGUAUGGAGACCAGCUAUUCGGCGCAGAGAAGCUAUGUGAAAAGGAUGUUGAGACAUCAGAAGCCGAGGAGGAGGAAGAUGAUGCCGAAGCAGCACUUAAGAAAGAAGUUGACCAAAUUAGAGUUUCUACGGAAAAGAAUUUACGCAGAUUCCAGUCAGUAGAGAGCGGAGCCAACAAUGUUGUCUUUAUUAGGACCCUUAAUGUCGACCCUGAGAAGUUGGUUCAUCACAUUUUAAAAGACAUAUAUACCUCCAAAAAGAAAAAGACACGGGUCAUCCUACGGAUGUUGCCUGUAUCUGGGACAUGCAAGGCUUUUCCUGAGGAUCUCAAGAAGUAUUCAGAGACUUUCUUUGAACCAUGGUUUAAAGCUCCAAAUAAAGGAACCUUUCAGAUUGUAUACAAAGCACGGAACAACAAUCAUAUGAACAGGGAAGAUGUAAUCAAGGACCUUGCAGGGAUUGUUGGAAGCCAGAAUCCAGAAAACAAGGUGGAUCUGAGCAACCCAGAGUACACCAUUGUAGUAGAAAUCAUCAAAAAUGUCUGCUGUCUGAGCGUCGUGAAGGAUUAUGUUCUAUUCAGAAAAUAUAAUCUGCAAGAGGUGGUGAAAAGUAGCAAAGAAGAAAAACCACUGGAUCCUGCUAGUGGAGAUACAGAGGAAAACCACGCAGAACCAAAGGAAGAGAAGAAGGCUGCUGAUCCCUAGGACCAUACUGUGGACUGAAAUAAUUUUUGGCUUUGUGAUGCGAGAUUACCUGUGGGUUGUUAAUUCCACUUUAAAAAGAAGCGCAAAGUUAGGAGACACACUGGAUCAUAUUUAUAAAGAACAGCAUUGAUGUAGAUUGUUUUAUGUGCAAAGAUCAGUUGGGAUAAUUGGAUGUCUUGGUGAUUGCGCAAAGUUUUGAUCCCUAGAAUUAAUUUUUUAUAAAUAUGGACCACUGCUGCAUACAGCUCCCUUUUUUUGUAUAAAACUAUAACAAAAACAUUUUAAUGGGAAAAUUCUGUCAAUUAACUCUCUCCUAAUAGUUGUUAACUGUACAUUUCCACCUCCUUUGCUUUUAAGGGAAAUCAAUAGUAAAGUUAUUUUGUUAAAACCGCCUUGGCUAAGCUUGCACAGCUGGGCAAAUCCAUUUAAUUGCAAAAUACAAAUAGUAUAUGUGUGUAACACGCUUCUGUUUGGGUUUUGCUAAAAUUGACAUUUUUAAAAAGUACUUGAUUUUAGUUUAAAACAGUUGCCAUUAUUUUAAGAAAAUGUUCUGCUAAACUUGUAAUAGGUUUUCACACUCAACAGAUAGCAGGCAGCCUUGAGUAAUAUGUACAUGUUUUCUUUUUUUAACGUUACAUUUUUUUUUUUACUUAAAAUUGUCCAAAAAGCUUAACAUUAUGUAUGAAUGUAUGCACUGUAGGUCAAGACAACGUCUGCAUGUGUUGGUUGUCUCUGCUGCCAUCUUGUGGUUCCUUUAGGAAGUGUAAUACAUGAGCAUUCUUAUAUUUUAUCCCAGGAACAAGAGUUGAGCAGUUGUGUGUCUGAAAUUGGCAUUGAAAUCACACAUUAAUCUUGGGCUAACUGUUUUGCCCAGUAUUUUUUUUUAUUAUUAUUAUUGGAUUUCAAAGGAAGGACUUUGAGGAAUUCUGCCUAAUUUAUGAGGUUUUUUGAAGUGUUUUAUAAGCUUAAAUUUUGGAUGUAUACAUAACAGAACUGUUUCUUAAACAUUAAUAGUCCAUUAGGUUGUGUGGCAAUUGCAAAUCAAGUUUAUAAGUGAGGAGUAUAUCUAUUUUGUCAUCAUUAAAUUUCAGUAAAAACAUUUCCCCAUCUGCUUUUUUUCUCUUGUAUUCCCAUUGUCACAUUUGAGCUCAGUUAAAAUGUCUGUAAAUUUUACCCUGCUUGUGAAUUAAACAAAGCAAUAAAUACCUUUUUUAGAAA